UGAAACAUGGAGAGAGCUGCGCGCGCGUACCGCGCUGUGCUGAGGCUGGUGCGGCGGCUGCCGGCGGAGACGAGGCCAUACUACUCCAAGUACGCGAGAGAGAACUUCGUCAACUACCGAGAAGUCGAUGAUUCCACCUCCCUUGAUGAACUCUUCCGCCGCGCCUACACACACACCACCUGGGUCCUCAACAAGUAUUCUAUUGAUGAGAAGGUUGCUCAUAGGUUGAAGGAGAUUUGCAACAGUUGAUGUGCUCUUCUUCAUGCCUUGCAGGUGUUUGUUGUUAUGCCUAAAACAAUAACUACAUGCCUUGCUGGUGUUUGUUGUUAUGCCUGAAUGAAUGAUUUGUUGUUGCCUUCAAGGAGAUUUGAAUUAUUUAUUUAUUUAUUUGAAUGAUAGUUCAAAUUAUCUUUGAAUAAUAAUG